UUCCUCUUUGCGAUGAAUCUCAAGCCGUUUACCCCGACUUCGUAGGGCUUAUCUCCAGCCCAAAGCCCGUUCGUGCAGAUAUGCAGGCAUUCAACCCUCGUUUUGCUGUAGUGUUUAUUGAUAUAACGCAAAGGCUAACGAAGGUGGGAUUUGAAGUGGGUCUGAUCAUGACUUGGACGAAGCAACGCAGCAAUCAAUUGUCGCUCUGCAAGGUAUAAAGAUGAAGACUGAACCCCCCGGUCAAGUUAUCCUUCUCAUCAAGGUCUCAAGUCAAGAUGGGUUUCCUCCGGUCCUUAGGUGUUGUCGGAUUCGUUUCCAGCGUUCAAGCUGCCGUCUCAUCUACUGGUUUUACCGUGUCCCUGACGGAUAUCGACUACUUCCUCCCACCGAAGCCUGUUGCCAACAUUGCUGGAUGUGAUAUAAUCGCAUCUGCCUUCAAGGAUGCAGACUUUGUACCUUUUACUGUCGUGAAGGUCAACGGCACCCUGGAUAUUGCUUCCACUACGGCCCAAUAUGCGGAGCAGGACGACGUCUGGCAGGAGGCCUUUCUCGAAGCACUGUAUAUUCAAGGGAGCAAUCAGCCGGCCAACAGCUCUGUCACGGUCCUUACAGGCACCACGUCCAGCGAGUUGAACCCUGGCCCGUAUUUUAUCAAUGCUGCAGGCAAUGUCUACGAGGCCUGGAGGCUGUACUCAGAUAAACAGGGUGCAUUCUUCGAGUCUGUUAUUGCCAGUGACGGAGACUCCUAUUCAGUGCUUCCAGCUAGCACCGUGGGUCAGAAGCUCGCCAUUGCCGUGCCUUCCCGUUUGUACUUUACCAAAACUACCGAGAAGCCAUUAGCUGGCGUUCGCAUGGGAAUCAAGGAUAUCUACGAUAUUAAGGGUCUGCGAACCUCCAACGGCAACCGAGCAUGGUACUGGUUCUACCCUCCGGCCGAAAACACAGCGACUCCUGUUCAAAACCUCAUCGAUGCUGGCGCUGUGAUUGUCGGAAAGAUGGUCACCAGCCAGUUUGCCAACGGGGAGGUGGCUACAGCCGACUGGGUCGAUUACCACGAAGCUUUCAACCCCCGAGGCGAGGGUUACCAAGACACGUCAUCUAGCUCUUCUGGUGGAGGUGCUGGUGAGGCCUCAUAUCCGUGGCUCGAUGUUACGCUUGGUUCAGACACUGGAGGAAGUGUACGUGGUCCUUCACAAGUUCAGGGAAUUUACGGAUGCAGGCCUUCUCAUGAUAUUGUUUCUCUCGAACACACAAUGCCGCUUAGUCCUGUGCUCGACACUGCUGGCUUGUUGGCUCGCAACCCCAUCCUCUGGAAAGAAGCGGCCCAGGCCAUGUACGGCUCCAACUUGACUAUCACCAACACCUAUCCAACACGCGUUCAGACACUUGCCUGGCCCACGACAGUCACUAGCGUUAGCGACCAACUUCUAAUCGAUUUCCUUGGAAAUGUUACUGAUUUCUUGGACGCCAACGCUACCGCAUUCAACAUCACCGCCUCCUUCAGCCAAGACAACCCUACCCUUGCGCCUCUGACUACAAUUCUCAAUCUCACCUACCCCCUCCUGAUUACCAAGCAGCAGAUCGGGCUUGUCCGCGACCCCUUCUACGCCGACUACGCCGCGAAAUACGAUGGCCGCCGUCCUUUCGUCAACCCUGUCCCACUAGCACGAUGGGGCUGGGGUGCAAACGCAAGCGAGACCGUUGCGGAGGCCAUUGCUAACAAAACAACGUUUAUGAACUGGUCCGAGACAACUUUCCUCGCUCCAUCUGCACAAACAUGCUCCCAAAGUCUCGUCAUGUAUGUGGGUUCCACAGGCCGAACGAGCUAUCGUAACACAUACCUGACCUCACCUGGUGUUCCGUUUGGCUUCAGUAAUAGUCGCAUCUCGGUGUUUACCGAAGUGCCAGAUUUUGUCGUCCCGAUUGGUGAGGUGGCGUACAACUCGACAAUUACUGGGCAUGUAGAAUAUCUACCAGUGACCGUGGAUUUCAUGGUAGCUAAGGGGUGCGAUGGCAUGUUGUUCUCGCUUAUCCAGGAUCUGUACGAGGCAGGCAUUGUCAAGGAGAGCCUGACCGGGAGGAGCGGGAUCACGGGCGGAGAGAUUUUGCUCAAGAGAGGAUUAGGGUAUUGAUGGUGACAUUCUGAUGAUUAUGGAUACGGCCU